CAACUUGUCAUUCCGAGUGUGAUCAGACCAUUCUUGUUAGAUAGUUAAAAGUCAGACUAAGCAAGUUUGACAGCAUUUACCCCGCUUUAUAGUUUGCACUUUAAGAGUUUGAAAAGGUUUAAAUAAAGCUCGUUUUGCAACAAUCUUUCUUCUGCACCACCAACAUCACUGCUAAUCAUUCUUCGAUCCCUCUUCUUAACAAACUUUAUUGCAAUCAAUCAUGCCUUUCGUUCACAUCGUAUUGGUUAAGAUCAAGAACAGCGAAAGCCUCGAAAGCUUAAAGGCUGAAGCUCAAACUUUUGAGAAAAAGGAAGAGAUCAAGAAUCUUGCCGAACACGUUACUUGGGGACCACCAGUCUACACUGAUCGUGCCAAAGGCUUCGAUUACGGCUUGUACUCUGUCUUCAAAGACAAGGCCAAGUAUGAAGAAUACCGCGAUCUUCCAUACCACAAAGAAUGGAUUUCAAGCAAAGUCGUACCUAAUGUCGAAGACAUUAUUGCAUACGACUUUGAAUACUGAUCGGCUCGAUAUAAGAUUGGCUGCCUUUUGAGUUCUAAAUGACAACAAAUUGUCCUAAUAAUCCCCAAAUGUUAUCCAUUAUACAUGAGUUUGUGUAUGAAUCGAAUCAAUUAUCCAUUAUAAACCUCUU